AUGUUCGGGUUCAUGAAAUCACCGGCAAACAAGAUCUCCAAGCAGAUAUCGGUCGACCCUGGAUUCUCAGCCUCUUCUUGCACGAGCCCGAACCUUGAAGAUGCGAAGAACAUGCUUAAGCCCUCCAGAAGAACUUCGUCGGAGCCAAUGUUCAUUGUGCCGGACUUCGAAGAAGAUGAUUAUGACAAGAGAAGAGACAGGUAUCGAAACGAUUUCCGCGAUUCGGGAGGGCUGGAGAGCCAGAGUGUGCAGGAGCUGGAGAAUUAUGCUGUGUACAAGGCUUACAAGGCUGAGGAGACGACGAAGGGCGUCGACAAUUGCUUGAAGAUAGCAGAUGAUAUUAGAGAGGACGCUACUAGGACACUUGACAUGUUGAACCAACAGGGUGAGCAAAUCACAAGGACACACUUGAUGGCUAUUGAUAUGGACAAGGAUUUGAGCCGGGGUGAGAAGCUUUUAAACAGUCUUGGGGGAAUGUUCUCCAAGACUUGGAAGCCGAAGAAGACCCGAGAAAUUUCAGGGCCUCUUAUAACUGCAGAUACCUCAUCAAAAAGGAGUGUAAACAACUUGGAGCAGAGGCAAAAGUUGGGUUUAGCUCCUAUACCGAAAGGAAAGUCGGGUACUCGAACGCCUCCUCCCGAAACUGCAGGCGCUUUGCAGAAAGUUGAGGUUGAGAAGGCAAAACAAGAUGAUGCUCUAUCAGAUUUAAGCAACAUUUUGGGUGACUUGAAGAGCGUGGCCGUGGACAUGGGAAAUGAACUUAACAGGCAAAACAAAGCUCUUGAUCAUCUCUCUGACGACGUGGAUGAGCUUAACUCUCGAGUGAAAGGCACUAAUCAACGAGCACGGCAUUUGCUUGGGAAGUGAGGGUCGACGUUUUUCCACAGCUUACCAAGUU